ACUCCUACAAAGUUCGCCCUAAUCUCUCCUAUAUUGGUUGCUUGGUGGUUGUUGCGUAUUGAAAUGAAUUACAAACUGUCGGGUGCCUAUGAUAAUUAGGGGUAUCUGAAUCAUAGUACAAACUAGGAAUCACAGAAAUAACGCCAUUGAAUAAUGAAGUACUAGAUAAGCACAAACGAAUGUACUAUAUUUGGAAUUCAAAACCAAGCAUUCAACAAGUACAAAGGAAUCGUCAGUUCAUACAAACACCACAGUGCCUCAAGAAGUAACUGUUCCUGUCAUUUGACAGGACAAUAUAUAUGCCAAAUCAACAUUCGUCUGCUAUACAUGGCUCCAAAUGUAAAAAGUUCACGGUCACUUUUGGUAGUGUGGUCGGAUCGUUCUUAUCGUGAAAGUGGGAUAAUGAACCAUGGAAAAUAAUGUAUAGGUUUAUUCGUUCGUCUUUGAGCCGUACUUUUUGUAUGAUAGCCUACUCUACUAAACUGCUCAAAGAGAACUAGUGGAAGUAGGAUAUAGAUCCGUUACCUGUAAUAUCCUUUCCAUUCAAUCGACACUGUUUCUUUCUACUAAAUAUAUUGAGAUAUAAAAACAUUUCGCCUUGAAACUUUCAUAGACGGAAGGAAAAUCUAUGCUAACACCAAAAGAUGGCUGUAUUUUUUGCUCCAUUGCUUACGGAAAGACAAAUCAAACAGUCUGUUUCGAAACCAAUGAUUUAGUGAUAUUUCAUGAUCACUUACCGAAAGCUCAGUAUCACUUUCAAUGUGUUCCUAAAAAGCACAUAAGGAACGCUAAAUAUUUGACUCACGAAGAUAUACCACUAGUUAUGGAUAUGAUGAAUUGCGGAAAGAAUUAUCUCACUGGUCAAUUGAAAUUGGACCCAGACGAUUUUCUGUUUGGAUUUCAUUGGCCACCAUUCAAUAGUGUCCAUCAUCUACACAUGCACAUCCUUGGACCUAAACAACUUAUGAGUUUUAAUCUAAUGUUUGAUCCGCGGUUUCAUAUUUUCCGAAAGGUUGAGAGAGUUUUGGACGAUUUAAAAAAGCUCAAAAUUGAAAGGAAGAAGUGAAAUAGGUCAACCUUAAGCAGUCCAAUGAAUAACUCAAUAUUUAGUUGGCUUCGUUUACGUGCUUUCAUAUUUUCUUUUCUAUUUUGCCGAUCAUCAAAUCAAUGUAGAUAGUUCUUUUUUACCGUGCUUUCGAAUCAUGUAAUUUGAUAUACAGUCUACUAUUUCUCAGAACAAUCUUAAAAGCCGUUGUGAUAUUGUUUCGACAGAAAGUAUGUUUUCAUUAUUUUAUCAGAUGCGAUUCUCAAUGAAUUAUAUUUUCUAUGAUAUCUUUAUCAUAACUUUUUCAUAGUGUGUUCAGGUACGAUUUUCAUUUAAUAUUCUGCAGGUCGGAAACCCAUAAGAAAUGAUUUUUAUUUAUUUAAGCAAACACAUGAACAUUGGUACAGGGAGGCACCAAAUGUUUAUGUGCCGCACUUCGUCAUUCGACUUGUGUAAGGGCUUGAAUAUUGUUUAAACUGAAGCAGGUGGUUUUCUCAGGUCACUUCCCCAGCCUUUGACCUAGAGGUCUAAUCCACAAAGCAGUGGGGAAACGUUAAGACAUGCAGUCCCACGGUCGCUGGUGAUCCAAAAUAGUUUCAUACGCCAGUUUCCGUCCAGGGAUCCUUGAGUCUAUAUGCACCACAGGUUUGGAAUCAGGGUUCCCCAAAUCCCCCAGAUGGAUCCUCCGUAUCCGUUAACACGAGUUUGCUCAUACCCUGCUAUACACAACCAUUUCACCAGAUUUUUGGGAAUAAAGACGGCUACUAUUACAAUAUGAAAUGUUGGACUACAGUACGAGAAAAAAGAUAAAUUCUUCAACCCUACUGAGCAAUGACGGUAUCGAAGAUUCUAUCCUGGGUGACCGUUGUUUCUUGUUCAUUCGCACUUAAGAAAAACGAAGUUGUGAGGUUGUAGACGAAGAAGUAAUGGCCGAAUGAGACUGGGAUCAGUCGUCCCAUCAUUACCCUCCAGUUAGAGCUCUAGAGAUUGUGCAAUGCAGUGGUUUCAGAUGUGUAGCCCUGACUGUCAGGCUUAAUCUUUGGUCGCUUUGUCAAUUUUCAACUGAACUGUAUCCCUUACUGAAUACUGUUUCUGUUCAUCUAUUAAUGGAAACAAUUAGUCGCUUUGAUUUUUUCGUACAAUGUCUUAACAAGCGCUAAUGAGGUGUGGCAACUUGGACCGAUGCAUAUGUGUGCCUGGUCCUACGUUGUAGCGGACUGAAUUAACAAGUAUAUAUAUGGUCAGGUUGUUCGAAAUGUAUUGCAGGGACCUAAUUCUGAUAACCUUUGUACUCUGACCGCGUUGUCCAUAAUUUUAAAGAGAGCAAGAACAAAGAUUGGUGCAGAAUAAUAUGAAUUCAUUUUAUUUCGUUAGGUUCUCAUCAGCUGCUUACAACCUAAAUUAUUUGAAAAUUCAACAUUAAUACAGAUAUUGACAUAUUUAUAUAUAAGAGUGUGAUUAAGGAUCAAUACAUGUGUAUGAUGAUGUAGCAAG